UGCGAACGUGCUACGAAGCUCCCUGCUCCGGGACACACGCGGGAUAUAUUUUCCACCACAACACAAAAACGCAAAUAACCGUUGAGGUUAAACCAUGAAAAUGUCAGCGACCGAGCUUUCCAAGGUUCUGAAAGAAGGAGAACUGGAAAAGAGAAGCGACAACCUUCUUCAGUUUUGGAAGAGGAAGACGUGCGUCCUCACCUCGGACAGCCUGACCAUCUACGCCGACAGCCAGAAGAAGUCGAAGAGCAAGGAGCUCGCACUGCAGUCCAUCAAGAAAGUGGACUGCGUGGAGCGGACUGGCAAGUUCGUCUACUUCACGAUUGUCACCGCCGACAAUAAAGAGAUCGACUUCCGAUGCUCCGGCGAAGACAGUUGUUGGAAUGCGGUCAUCACAAUGGCUCUGAUUGACUUUCAGAACAGAAAAGCCAUUCAGGAUUUUAAGACGCGACAGGAGGUCGAGCGCACGUCACCUGGUCCGCAGGAGAGGCGGUUAGCCAGAGCUCCAUGAGCGGAAUUCACCUAAAUCCAGUGAAUCCAAAUGAGUUACGCAUGGACCCUGCAGUAAAGGUGGACCAAACAAAGGCGCCAAUCGGUCUGAAGAUGAAGGAUUGCACAGGACACGCGCGUCCUCUUCCAGUUGCCUAUCUCCGAAAGCUUCGAAUGAAAGAGACCGUUUGAAAACGAAAAAGCCGAAGAAUAAGGACUGAAUUCUACACCUCUUGAGCUUAUAUUCAAGUACAUAUGGAAAAAAAAAAUGCUUCACGGACGGCAGUAGAAAUGUGUUAAUUUAUUCUUUGCAUAAGUUCUUGCUUACAAGUAUUAAGUUAUUUCUUAUUUCGAUGUGUAUUUAUUAAAUAUUAUUUUAUAAAUCA